GCAUGCAAAAAUCAGAACAAUGCAAAAAUCAGAAUUGCUGUACUUCAGCCACAAAUAAUUGGAAAAAUGUAAAAAGAUAUUGUUAAAGUAGCUAUUAAAACAACAGAAUAAAUCAAACCAUAGAUGAUUAAAACUUUUAGGAGAAAACUAUAAAUUUUAUUGAAGAACAUAAAAUAAAUGUAGGGACAUUCAUGCUUAUGAAUGGGAAGUCUAAAUACUACAAAUAUUAGGGGAGACUCUUAUUAUUACUUCUUUCUUGUUGGAAAUAGCUCUGUGAUGUGGCACUAGUGGGCUCUCUCAACCCCUCACUCUUCCACCAAGAGGAGCAGGGUGACUUAAUUGAUAAACCUGGGAAGAUUAGACUGGGCAUGUUUAGCUCUUGUCUUUCCUGUCUUGGGAAGGAAUUUAUUGCUAGGAGAGUGCCUGCUCUUCCUCCAGCAGAAGCUCUCCUCCUAUGUGGAAAGAAUUCACUCAAGCAUUUCCUGUUACCAGGUGAUGAUGAUUGCUUAUUUCUGGGCUCUGUUAGCACGCCCAUUUGGCUUUCUCACGAAGGGGUGCCUGGUACAGAGUGGGUGCUCAACACAUUUUGGUGCGGCAGAUGUCUCCAGUGCCACGGAUCAUACCUUUUCAACAGCAUCAAAAGAUGGAGAAGGAUCGUGUUACACAUCUCUGAUUUCCAACAUCUGUUACCCACCUCGGGAGGAUUCUACAUAUUUCACUGGAAUUCUUCAGAAGGAAAAUGGCCAUGUCACCACUUCAGAGAGCCCUGAGGAGUUGAGUACCCCUGGGCCCUCCUUACCAGAUGUGCCUGGGACAGAGCCUCGUGGCUUAUUUAGUUCUGAUUCUGGAAUAGAGAUGACUCCUGCAGAGUCCACUGAAGUGAACAAGAUCUUAGCAGACCCCCUAGACCAGAUGAAAGCAGAAGCCUAUAAGUACAUUGACAUAACCAGGCCAGAGGAAGUGAAGUAUCAGGAGCAGUGUCACCCCAACUUGGAAGAGAAAGGCUUGGACUUUAAGAAUAAGGACAUUGAAAUCGCAACAAAAUCUGAAGAGGCCCGUGAACCGGAGAAACCAGCUCCUGUAGAGGGAAAAAUCCUCAAGGACCAUUUAUUUGAAGAACCAACAUUUGCGCCUUACGUAGAUGAUCUCUCUGAAGAGCAGCACAGUGCUCCUCUGAUCACUGCCCCCGUCAAAAUCACACUCACUGAGAUCGAACCUUCUGUUGAAACUGCGGCCCAAGAGAAGACCCCCGAGAAGCAAGAUAUCUGUCUGAAACCAAGUCCUGAUACAGUCCCCACAGUCACCGUCUCAGAGCCUGAAGAUGACAGCCCAGGAUCUGUCACUCCCCCAUCUUCUGGAACAGAACCAUCUGCUGCAGAAUCCCAGGGAAAAUGCAGCAUCUCCGAGGACGAGCUGAUCACUGCCAUUAAAGAAGCAAAGGGGUUAUCCUAUGAAACGGCGGAGAGCCCACGGCCGGUAGGCCAGGUGGCCAGCAGGCCCGAGGCCAAAGCCAGGUCCGGGCUGCCAGCCAUCCCCAGCCCCCUGGACCACGAGGCCAGCAGCGCUGAGUCGGGGGACUCGGAGAUAGAGCUGGUGUCCGAGGACCCGCUGGCCGCCGAGGACGCGCUGCCCUCGGGCUACGUGACCUUUGGACACGUGGGCGGCCCGCCGCCGUCGCCCGCGUCGCCAUCCAUCCAGUACAGCAUCCUGAGGGAGGAGCGCGAGGCCGAGCUGGACAGCGAGCUCAUCAUCGAGUCAUGCGACGCGUCCUCCGCCUCGGAGGAGAGCCCCAAACGGGAGCAGGACUCGCCCCCGAUGAAGCCCGGCGCCCUGGACGCCAUCCGGGAGGAGCCCGGCGCCCGGGCCGAGGAGGGCGCGCCCGGCCCCUUCCCCAAGUUCCCCUCGGCCGCCCCCCAGACCGGCCCCGAGCUGCCCUCCGGGGACCGGGCUCCGGCGCCCGACGGGCCCGCGGCGCAGCAGCGCAAACCUGCGGAAGCCACGAGCUCCGGUCCAAGCCCGGCGGCCGCCCAGGGCCCUGAGCCGCGGGGUCCCGGCGUCCCGCCUCCUCUGCUGUUCCUCAGUAAGCAGCAAGCUAUUGACCUGCUCUACUGGCGGGACAUCAAGCAGACUGGGAUCGUGUUCGGGAGCUUCCUGCUACUGCUCUUCUCCCUGACCCAGUUCAGCGUUGUGAGUGUCGUGGCCUACCUGGCUCUUGCCGCACUCUCAGCCACCAUCAGUUUCCGCAUCUACAAGUCUGUGUUACAAGCGGUGCAGAAAACCGACGAGGGCCACCCUUUCAAGACCUACUUGGAGCUCGAGAUCACCCUUUCUCAGGAGCAGAUCCAGAAGUACACAGACUGUCUGCAGUUCUAUGUGAACAACACACUUAAAGAACUGAGGAGGCUCUUCCUUGUCCAGGACCUGGUGGAUUCCUUAAAAUUUGCAGUCCUGAUGUGGCUCCUGACUUACGUUGGCGCUCUUUUCAACGGGCUGACCCUGCUGCUCAUGGCUGUGGUUUCAAUGUUUACUCUACCUGUAGUGUAUGUUAAGCACCAGGCACAGAUUGACCAAUAUCUGGGACUUGUGAGGACUCACAUAAACGCUGUUGUGGCAAAGAUUCAGGCUAAAAUCCCAGGCGCUAAAAGGCAUGCUGAGUAAACCGAUAUCCCACCAGGGACUGGACACAAACCAGAAUGUCUGGAGUGGUAACAACUCUGUUCUUACAUGUUACUGCAAAUUGAUUGUUUCUCCCCCCAGUACCAUAAUCUUAGAGACAAACUUUAAAACAGCUGUUUUUAGGCUGUUCCUGUACUCUUAGGAUAUUUGAGUCACUUGUGUCAAGCACUAAAGUAUAGAGAAAAGUGUAUUAGAUGUGGUUUUAAUUUUGUGUUGCUAAAAAAAAAAAAAAAAAAGUGCAUGAUGGUGAGAGCCCAGCUUAUUUUGUCUUCUUCGGUGUUCUCCUCCUUCUCUCUGCAAUGCUUCUGUAGCUUCUGACGUUCCCCGUGGCUAGGCCCUUCCUGCCGAGUGCACUGAUGCAGUAGUGGAAAUCGCUUAUAUGUCCUUGGGUUGCUGGUUGGAUUAAUCUUUAAUAACAAUAUAUAGAAUUGUAGACUGAUGUUUUAGUGUUUUUCCAACACACAACAUAAAAAUAAAAACAGUCGACCGUACUUCUGGUAAUCAGUUUUGUAUAACUUAAAAGAAUUAAAUAAAUGAAUAACCCCUCCUCCCUGCCCUCCCCCCCAAAAAAACAUGCAGUACUUUUGUUGUGUGGGACUGACAGGCUGAUUUACAUGUAUGGUAAAAAAAAAGUACCAGCAUGUUAACUUUAUUACGAUUUGUAUUACUUUCUCUGUAGUUCCUAAUGGACCUAAUUAUGGACUCUGGAUAUUUGCACUUAUGUACUUGAUACUGAAUGCAUAAAUAAAUGUUACUAAAUGUAAAA